CCGAAAUGACACUUGUUAAGUGAUGUUUCAAAAUGCUUAUCUUGAUGUCUGAGCAUGAGUUCCUUGUUUUGAGUCUACUUAGGUCUACACUAAGGUCUACUAGGUCUACAUUAAGGUCUACUUAGGUCUACUCUAAGGUCUACCUAUGUUUACAUUAAGGUCUACUACGUCUACACUAAGAUUUUCUAGGUCUAAAAUAAGAUCUAAUAGGUCUACACUGAGAUUUACUAGGUCUACACAAAGGUCUACUAGGUUUACACUAAGGUCUGCUUAGGUCUACUUUAAGGUCUAAUAGGUCUACACUAUACUGGGUCUAAUCUAAGGUCUACUUAGGUCUAGACUAAUGUCUACUUAGGUCUACACUAAGAUCUACUAGGUCUACACUCAGGUCUACUAGGUCUAUACUAACAGACUUUAAAAAUGACCCCAACGAAAUGGAAACGUGGCCGAAUGAUCGGCUCUGGAGGAUUCGGUAAAGUGUACAAGUGUUUCGAUGCCAAUUCCAACCGUGUGUUUGCGGUGAAAUACGUGGAGUUUGAGGUCCAAAGUCACUUGGUUCAAGCAGAAUUUCAAGCACUAAGUAAUGAAAUCAAAAUACUGGAGGGCGUUAAACACGAGAGGAUAGUUCAGUGCUAUGGCUGUCGAUCAACGCCAGAUGCGUUGGCUAUAUUUUUGGAAUACAUUCCGGGGGGCUCGCUCUUUGAUCACAUCCGAGAAUUCGGCGCAUGCUCAGAACACAUCACCCAGCAUUACACUCUCCAGAUAUUACAAGGACUGACCUAUUUGCACGGGAACAAAAUUGUACACAGAGAUAUCAAAGCUGCUAAUAUUUUACGAGUUGAUAAUGGGAACAUCAAACUGGCGGACUUCGGGCUCUCUAAACAGCUUGAUGACAUCAGUGCUGCGAAAGGGUUAAAAACAAAGCAAGUUGGUACACCAUAUUGGAUGGCGCCGGAACUUUUAAAACAGAAAGGAGAAUAUGGUCAAAACGUUGAUUUAUGGAGUGUUGGCUGUACUGUUGUGGAAAUGUUAACCAAAGAACCUCCAUUCAUAAAGUAUCCACCCAUUAUGGCGGUACAUAGGAUUAUAAAUUGUGAUCAUCCAAGGUACAUGCUACCGGCUGGCUCAUCAACUCAUCUUCAAGACUUCCUGAAAAUUACAUUUAAAGUGUACAGCGUCGAUCGCACCUCAGCAGCUGAAUUAUUGAAACACCCUUUUGUUGCAGAAUGUCAUAGCAACUAUGAGACGAAUCCUAAACAAGAGAUUGAUCAUUGGAAGAAAGAAAAAGAUGAGCUGUUGAAAGCUUUGCAUAAUCAAAAGGAUCAAACUAGCAGACUUCAAUAUAAAAUAGACCAGUUGAUGAAGAAGAACAAGGACUUGGAAGAUACCAUUGAGCAAAUUAGAAAAGAAAAAGCCGAGCUGUCAAAAUCUUUACAAAUUGAAAAAGAUGAAAAUUGUAAACUCAAGGAAAAAGUUGCUGAGCUGUCAAAUUGUUUACACAUGGAACAAAACGAGAACUGUAGAUUGAAAGAGAAACUUGCUGUUUACGAAAAGAAAUGUACCAGUAAUGAGGAGAAAAUCGAAAAAGAAACUAUUAUACCACAGAAAAGAAAGAGAACGUUAAGUCCCCAGCUUCUUGCCACUACAAAAGAUUUCCUCUGCAAAGUCACUGGAGCAUUGGAAACCCCCUGCUCUUCUACCUGCCCUCAUGUUAUAGGUCAACACGAGAAUCAGAUCUCCCAGAGUGGCGAGGGAGACUUGCACAGAUAUAUGAAGACUUGUACUAAGAAUCCAGGCCAUGCAGGAUUUAUACCUGUCGUUAAAUUUAGCUUAGAUGAUCUACCUGCUACUCAUCGUGAAGAAAAUCUAUUGAAGUUCAUUAAAGCUGCAGCCGAUUUGACAGUUAGAAUAAAUGUCACGAUGACCAGUCAGCACAGACCUGAAUAUUGGCCGACCUCGAAUGUUCCCUAUUUCUUGUACAACCUGAGAGAGAGUCAGCAUUUGAGAACAGGAAGCGGCAUCAUUCAUGGCGUAGAGAAAAACACACAAGGCCCAUGUCCGUGCUGUAAAUGUAAACACUCAUCGCAAGCCAGCAACGUGUGGUGGAAGUUGAACGUGGUCACCGCUGCCACGUUAGUUUUCGAUGACAUCGAAGCCAGCAACGCGACACUGAGGCUUUUCUACGACCGGGAGUAUAGCCCGUUAUUGAUACUCAAAGAUAACCUGAGCGUAGAGAAGAAAGACAUUAUGAGUGAUCGCUCUUUGCUACGCUGCGUGACUUGCGACAAGAAGUUGGGCGAGAAACUAGAGAAAAUGUUAGCAUCUUAUCUCUGCAUCAAGAAGAAGGUCUUGGACAGGUACUCGGAAUAUAGAAAUGUGCAUAAGCUCAUGUUUAUAGUGAGCCAUCCACAUGGCUGUUCUAAACAUGUCAGUAUUGGUCAGUGGCUGAAUGUGUACACUUUGGCAAACGGAAAGUACAAGUUCACCUACCACACAGGUACCUGCCCAGGGAGUAGUGGCGCCAGUGUCCAUUACAUAGGCUUUGGGACAUAUGUUCAUUGUGGAAGUUUAACUUCUGGACUUAAUUACAGUAGUAGCUAAUAAUAACAUAUUAAAACUCUGAUUAGCCUUUUAUUUCAUAUGUUUCGAUAGGCGUUACACAAUAAACGGUAGGUGAGAGAUAUUUUAUUUUUGAA